UCUUUUUGUUAUUUUUUGUAGCUUGAGCCAGCUUAAAUGGCAAAGUAUUAGAGCGGGAAGAAGGGGUGGGGAAACGCGUUUUACAGUGUGUACUGUAUCAUCAAAGAGAGAAGACAAGUAUCUGACCUCUAUUUUCCCACCGACACUUCGUUCUUCAGCUAGCAAUUAUGGUUCCACCAAUCGAAACUGCAGUCAAGGCCUCAGUGUCCCACAAGUUAUCCAUUCCACCUCUUAACGAAAGAAUACUUUCUUCCAUGACACGGAGAUCAGUUGCAGCUCAUCCUUGGCAUGAUCUCGAGAUAGGACCUGAUGCCCCAAAGAUUUUUAAUGUGGUGGUUGAGAUCAGUAAGGGGAGCAAGGUGAAGUAUGAACUUGACAAAAAAACUGGACUGAUCAAGGUUGACCGUGUUCUUUACUCAUCAGUUGUAUACCCCCACAACUACGGGUUCAUCCCUCGUACACUCUGUGAGGACAGUGACCCUCUGGAUGUCUUAGUCAUCAUGCAGGAACCUAUUCUUCCUGGUUGCUUUCUUAGGGCCAAAGCAAUUGGUCUUAUGCCCAUGAUUGAUCAGGUAUAUAUCUUUUUUAAAGUAAAAAUUUCGUCCCAAUCUUGCCAUAUAUUAAUUCUAUUCAGAACACAGGGAGAAAAGGAUGACAAGAUAAUUGCUGUCUGUGCUGAUGAUCCUGAGUAUAAGCACUACACUGAUAUCAACGAGCUGCCACCCCAUCGUUUGGCUGAGAUCCGUCGCUUCUUUGAGGAUUACAAGAAAAAUGAGAACAAGGAAGUUGCUGUUAAUGACUUUCUUCCAGCUGCCAAAGCCUUCGAAGCAGUCGAGCAUUCUCAGGAUCUAUAUGCGGACUACAUCGUGGAGAGCCUGAGGAGAUGAUAGUCUUUUCAUCUUCCUCAAGUCGUGAAUGCUGGUCGAUAUUACAUUUUUCACACUAAUAUACCAUAUAAUAGGACUGCUCUAAUAUUUUGUCUACCUGUACUGCAAAGCACAGUUAUACGAUGCAGCAUGUGCAUAUAACAUGCUAUAUACAAUACGCUUGUAUUAUCUACUGCGUGGGAAAUUAAUUCCAUACAGUACAAGAUGAUGACGAAAAGGAAACUUCAUGUUUCCCCUGGUCAAAUUUUGUAAGAUUUGAACUAUCUCAAUUGUCCGGUUUAUGAAAUGGAUUAUAUACGAAGUUAAGUGUGUA